AUGUUCGGCCCUAUCCGAAGGGUGGCGGGGAUUCUGACUCCCAAGACAAUCACAUUAGGGACGGCCCUGGCCCUCGCUAGCGUUAGCGGGCUGUAUGCCCUGAAAGUGCGCAAUCGCAUCCGCCAAACAAACCCAGGACAGAUUCAAUCAAGUCUCAAGCUAUCGGACUCUUUCAAUAAAUCGCAUACAAUUCGGAACCUGGUAAAUCCACGGAACCAUGUUACCAAGGGGGACUCUCAUUCUAUCGUCUUGACACUGUGCCCGAAACAUGGCGCUCCGUCAGAAGAGGAUGUUCUAUCUACGUUCCUGAAGGGCUUUUUUGCUGGCCCAGUUUUUCUACCCGAAGGCAUCGCUCUCUCUUUAUUCAGUAUUCUGAAACUUCCUCCCAAGGGUACUACUCUAUGGGACACGUUUCAAAUAGCGGAAUCCAAGCUGUCUAGCAAACAGGCCAAGGAGCGCACGGGGAGCAGCGUUGAUGUGGUCUUCGGUGACUGUGAGAGUGAGUUUGCCGGCUGCCAUCGAUUCAGUGUUCAGAAAGCGAGCGAUGGCAAUGGCCCUGAAGAGGAUGGUAUCCGGUUCCGCGUGAGUCUUGAGUGCUUGGUCUGCAAUCCAUUGACAGAUAGGCAAGCUGGCUCUGAUUUCUUACAUGUUCUACAUAACAAAUACUCCUAUCUGCUUUUCCGAGAUGCAGUAGCGCAUAUAAAGGAAGUAUUUGCCAACUUGGCUUAA